AUGGCUGGGACCUGGCAAGAGCAGGCACAGAAGAAGCGUGAAAGCAUACUUGCAGCCAUCCCGCAGGAAUGGCGCAUUGAAGCUCCUCCAAAGGAAAGCCAAGUCGACGUCACCGGAUCAUUCGUACACCAGUUCUUGAACGAGAGGGAAAUUGAGAUCACCGAGACGACUGCUAAUGAGAUUGUGAAAAAGACUACUAUCGGCCUAUGGAAGGCAGAGGAGGUCAUAAGGGCGUUUUGUCAUAGAGCUGCAUUGGCUCACCAACUGACCAACUGUCUCCAUGAGAUCUUUUUCGAUGCCGCCAUUGAAGAUGCAAAAGCCCAGGAUGAAUACUUCGCCAAACAUAAGAAACCCAUCGGCCCACUCCACGGACUACCCGUCAGUCUGAAAGAUCAGUUCCAUGUCAAAGGAGUUGAGACCACCAUGGGGUAUGUCGGCUGGAUCGGGACCUUCGAAGGCAAGAAAGGAACCGGCAAAGAGAAGGUCUUCGAGAGUGAGAUGGUCCGCGAGCUACGCAACCUGGGCGUCAUUCUCUUCUGCAAAACCGCCGUCCCCCACACACUGAUGAGCGGCGAAACGACAAACAACAUCAUCGGAUACACUUCCAACCCAAAGAACCGCAACCUCGCGGCUGGUGGCAGCUCCGGCGGAGAAGGAGCACUGAUCGGGCUGAGAGGCUCACCCGUGGGCUUCGGCAGCGACAUUGGAGGUUCAAUUCGCAUCCCCGCUGCCUUCAACGGACUCUAUGGCAUUCGACCCAGCGUCGGCAGACUACCAUACGAAGGCGUAGCCAACUCCAUGGACGGCCAGAACUCCAUCCUCUCCGUCGUAGGCCCCCUCGCCCCCUCCGUCGCCGACCUCCGCCUCCUCACCAAAGCCAUCCUCUCCCAAAACCCCUGGCUCCACGACCCUCUCGUCCACGAAAUCCCCUGGCGCUACUCCUCCGAGCAAGAAAUCCUCGCCCUGACCGGCGCCAUCGGCGACGCCUCGCAAGUCGGCAAACUCUCCAUCGGCAUCCUCCACACCGACGGCGUCGUGAACCCCCUCCCGCCAAUCCGCCGCGCCCUCUCCAUCGUCGCCACCAAACUGCAACAACUAGGCCACGAAGUCCUCCCCUGGACCCCCACCCCCACCCACUCCUCCCUCCUCGCCACGGGCCUCAAAUCCUGGGCCUUCGACGCGGGCGCGGACGUCAAAUCCGCCUUCGCGCUCUCCGGCGAGACCCCCGUCGACCAGGUCUCCUUCCUCAUGCACUACAAGCACCACUUCUCCGCGUCCGAAAUCGCCGCCACGAAUGUCGAGAUCAGACAGCUGCGGAAACAGUAUCUUGAGUACUGGAACGACACUGUGAAGCAGACGUCGACGGGGAGGCCCGUGGACGCGGUUAUCGCGCCCGUCGCGCCGUUCCCUGCCGCGAGACCGGGGCUGUAUAAUUAUUAUGGGUACUCGGCGUUCGUGAACGUGCUGGAUUAUACUGCUGUUGCGUUUCCGGUUACGAAUGUUGAUAAGGCGGUCGAUAAAGUCGAGGAAGGUUACAAGCCUAUCAGUGACUCUGAUAAGGGUACUUAUGAGAGCUACGACCCGGAUAUCUACGACGGCGCGCACGUUUCGCUACAGCUCAUCGGCAGGAAAUUGCAGGAGGAGAAGAUGUUGGCGCUCGCGGAGUACAUUGGCAAACUCAUCGGAAAAUAG